AUGGCAGCCGAAGACGUCGAGGCAAGUCUUCCUGCUUCCGAAGGAUCCAAUGGAGAGCGUGCAAGCAGCGACCACCACAGCAAGCAUUGUUCCAGCAAGGAGCUCCCCAGCGACGAGGUGCUUGACGACAGAGAUGCCUUCAAGGUAGCAUGGACCGAGAAUGAUCCUCGGAACCCAAUGAAUUGGUCCAGCUUGUACAGAGCUUGGCUGGCCUUUCAAUUGGCAAUGCUGUCAUUUGUUGGCUCAUUUGGCGCCUCGAUCAUGUCACCCGCUCAGGGCCAGAUUGCCGUCUACCUGCAUCUGCCACGGGAUACCGCCGUGCUGGCCGUCUCGCUGUACGUCCUUGGCUUCGCAUUUGGGUCCAUGCUCUGGGCUCCGCUGGCGGAAGUCCAUGGCCGCAAACUCUCAAUCAUUCCCGCCAUGUUCGUUGCCGCAAUGUUCGAGAUCGGGACGGCCACGAGCACGACUGCUGCGGCGGUUUUCGCGACAAGGUUCCUGGCCGGCGUUUUCGCCUCUGCAUCGAUAAGCAAUACUGCAGCUGCCAUCGGAGACUUCUACAGCGCAAGGAAGAGGGGCAUCCCGAUGGCAUUGAUGUCAAUAUGCAUUGUUGGCGGACCUUGUCUUGCUCCGCUCGUGGGCGCUUCUAUUGCGGCAAAUUCCAAGAUGGGAUGGAGAUGGACGGCGUAUAUGCAUGCUAUCAUGACUCUCUUCCUGAUUGGAGUCUCCCAGCUUUGCCUCCCCGAGACAUAUCACCCAGUGCUCCUCAGACGUGAAGCUCGUCGGCUGCGGAAGGUGACUGGUGACAGCAGACAUUGGCAUCCGCAGGAGCAAGAGAAGAUCAAGUUGAGCAAUGUGGUGACGAAAUACAUCGGGCGACCGGGACGCAUGCUUUUCACGGAACCGAUGGUGGCCUGUAUCUCAGUCUAUGCCUCGUAUGUCUUUGGCUUGCUCUUCUUCCUGGUUCAGUCGUUUGUUGUCGUGUUCCACGACAUACGCGGAUAUUCAAUCAUCGUAUCGACCCUCCCAUUUAUAGGGAUGCUCAUCGGUAUCUUCUUUGCGCUUGUCAUCAAUCUAGCCAACCAAGGCCCAUACGCAAAGGCUGUGAGUAAUAACAAAGGGCGACCGGUACCCGAAGCCCGACUUCCUCCGAUGCUGCUUGGAGGCGUGCUUUUCUCGACGGGCAUGCUCUUCUUCGGCUGGACCUCUGGCCCGCAGUAUCACUGGAUUCUGCCCACCAUUGCAGCUGGAUUUCUUGGUGCCGGCUUCAAUGUCGUCUUUCAGCAAUGCCUCAAUUUCCUUGCCGACACAUAUGGACCCUAUACAGCGAGUGCGAUGUCGGUUAGCACGGUUCUUCGUUCGGUUCUCGGAUGUACAUUGCCUCUUGCUGCGGGCCCGAUGUUCACUGCCAUCGGAGUGGGUCCUGGUUGUAGUCUUCUCGGAGGGCUGUCCUGUCUUGCAUUGCCCGUUCCUCUCAUCUUCAUGAAGUAUGGGUUGAAGUUGAGGAAAAUGUCGAAAUUUGCGCCGGUUCCCGAGGACUGA